AUGAAAGUCUUCAAGUUGAUUGGAGGGAUGGUCCUCCUCACCUUUGUGUUUCCGUCCCGCUCUGGACAAAAUCCAGUGACUGUGCUGUGCUCCAUAGACUGGUUCAUGGUCACCGUGCACCCCUUCAUGUUAAACAACGAUGUGUAUGUGCACUUCAGUGAGUUACAUUUGGGCCAGGGUUGCCCCGCCAAUCACAUUCAGCCAUACGCCUACCAGUUCACCUACCGCGUUACUGAAUGUGGCAUCAGGGCCAAAGUUGUCUCUCAGGAUAUGGUUAUCUACAGCACCGAGAUACACUAUGCUUCGAAGGGCACGCCAUUGACGUACGUGAUCCCACUGUCGUGCACUGCUCCCCAGAAUUCGCCGUGGCUCACUACACCCUGCCCUGUGGGUUUAGCCAGCGGGAGUGGGGCCACAACCCAGGAUGAUGAGACAUCCUAUGAGGUGUUUGAAUUGUCACAGUCCAGCCAAAGGCCCAUCUGUGAUUGUCCACCUUGUGUCUUCAGUGAAGAAGAGGGGACCCAGAGUGCACGUCACCAGGCAGAGGCUCAGGCGGCCAGGCCUGAGCAGUCGCCUUACUUUGUUGAUCUGUCUGAGGAUUGGUGUCUUCGCUCAGAUAAUCUGAUUGACUCCAUGUAAUCCUCAAGUUUAGGGUCGCCUGAGGAUGAGGUUUCUAGAAU